UGGCGGUCGCUCUCUACCUACCUAAUCACUACUAUAAAAUAAAGUAAGGUUAUAUUGUAUGGCUAAAAUAGCACUACCGAGAUUUUUUUAUAGAGGCAAAUGUUUGAAAAUUUAAACUAAAAAAAAGCUUGAUAUGUUUGCUUUAAGAUUAGGUGUAAAUAGACAAGUCAAACUUGUUAAAAAUUUGAUUCGGAACUUAACCUUAAAUUCGAGGACUCCGGUUAUUCCUUCCUCUCUGACAUCAAAUCCACACAUUUGGAGAGAAAAUGGCGUCCUUAAAUUGCCAACGAUAAUUAACACCAGAUUAGACUUUCCGAACGAUGCAACGUUUAAGCCACCCUUGGCUGAUCCAGAGACCAAGAAACAAAUUGAAGCUCCAGCACUACCUGAAAGUAGCACACCAAAAGAAGCAGUCAGACUCAUAGUAAUUCGCAGAAAAAAGAUGAAAAAACAUAAACUCAAAAAGCUCAGGAAGAAAAUGAAAUUUGAAUGGGCUAAACGUAGACAGAAAAGAGAAUUAAAGAAGGAGAAAGCAUUUCAAGCAGUUCUUAUUAAGCAGUGCAAGGAUGCUGAGAAUUUUUCUGCUGAAAAAUAUGUUAAUGACAAAUUGAAAAUAUUUUAUGAACUUGAAAAUCCAAAGCCAGUAGGACUCGACCAUCGAAAUACACAGAAUAAAAAGUUUACCGUUACCACAACCAAGAAAGUGUAACAUAUUUUUUGAGUGAAAUGGUGAAACUGUUUCUUAGUACAAGUCGUUCUUCAUAAAAUUGUUUAUU